AAUCAGUUUAGGCUUACCCUCUCACCGUGUAUGGCCGAAAAGAAUUAUGAGCACGUUUUAGACGACGUGCAAACUUCAGAUGAAGAGUACUCAGAAGGAAGUUGUGAAGAAAGUGAAGGCGAGAUCAUCCCUCUUUCAGAGAAUGAUGAAGAUGACGAUUACAAUUUUGUGCAGAAUGUAUCAAUCAAAAAAGAAGGUGACGAUGACAAUCCCGUGCAGAAUGUAGUAAUCAAAGAAGAAGUCGACAUCGAGGAGGACCAACCUCCCCUUGCGAAACGCCUGAAGACAAGCCCGAGCCAAAUCCGUCCCGGUCCCAGGACAUGCGGACGAGGGACUAAUCCCAUUUGGUGGUAUCAUAAGCAACCACCGCCGUCUCCAAGCCUAGAACCAACUCCCAAUAGAUAUCUACCAGCGAUUAUUGGAGACGCAAAAAAUGCUGAGAAUCCUCUUGACGCGUGGAGUUAUCUGAUCAAUGAUGAAAUGAUCGAAUUGAUUGUUAUUCACACAAAUGAAGAAAUUCGUAGAACAAAGAAAGCUCAUAAUUUUAGACAGACUUAUCAUAAGGAAACAGACUCUGUAGAAAUGAGAGCAUGUAUUGGCCUGCUCUAUCUCGCGGGCGUGUACAAACAGAAUACCGUUAAUCUCACCGAUUUAUUCGGGGAUGAUUCUGCACCCAAUACCUUCCGAGCUACAAUGCCAGCACAAAGAUUCAGGUUUCUACUCCGAUGCCUGUGUUUUGACGACAAAUCGUCUCGUCUCCUUCGUCGUAAGAGUGAUCGCUUCGCGGCCUGUCGCGAUAUCUGGGAGAUGUUUAUAGCAAAUUGUACAAAAUUCUAUUCACCUACUGCGACUUGUACAAUUGAUGAGCAAAUAGAGGCAUUUAAAGGAAAAUGUAUUUUCAAGAUGCACCCAUCUAAUGAUUCCAGUCCUUCAGGCAUGAAAUUUAUAUUAAUCAAUGAUACUAGAACGAGAUACAUGAUCAGUGCAGUCCCAUAUUUGGGAAAGAUUACGGACAAUGAGAGAAAAGAGUCGGUUCCACUGUAUUUUGUACGUAAAUUGAUUCCAAGUAUUUGUGACUCUGGUCGCACUGUCGUGACGUGUGAAUCGUUCACCUCUGUCGAUUUAUUCCGAGUCUUGGACACAGAAUUUGGAUUGAAAGGUUUGGGGUCGAUACGGAAGAAAAAAACAGAAAUCCCCAGUUCGUUUCUGGAAAAGGGCCUUCCAGGAACAAUAUUAUGUGGGACCAACAACAAUCUUGGCUUGGUCUCGUACGUUCCAAAGGAGAAUAAAGUCAUGACGAUAUUGGCAACCGGAAUUAGACUGACCUGUGUACAUGCGACGAUUGGAAAACCAGACAUAAUUAAUACGUAUAAUGCGCAUAAACGGGCAACUUAUUCCUUCGAUCAAGCAUGUAAGUUAUAUGCCGUUGGACGACGAACGCGUCGUUGGCCGUUGAGAGUAUUUUUCAGCAUAUUGGAUAAAGCGAAUGUGAACGCGACUAUAAUCUACAACUUGCUUCAUCCCAAUUCCAGGAAAAAGCGACAGCAUUUCAUGAAGGAAUUAUCAUUUGCUCUUAUUGAACCACAAUUACGAAGGCGUCAGGAAUCUCCAACUUUGCGAAUAGCAAUUAGAAGAAAGCUCUCAAGCCUCCUUGGACAAGAAAAGUCCGUUCAACACCACCAAGUCAUUGAUCUGCCGAAGAGAGUAAAGUGCAGUCACUGUCAUCAUUCAUCGGGUGUUAAAACUAAGUCGGCAUGUCCGUCGUGUCAAGAGCCAAUAUGUCCUCGCCAUCGGUGUGCUCUAUGCGUGAAAUGUGCACAUGUAUAAAAGUACAGGACAACUUGACAUUUUUAUAUUAUCUUCCCACCGACAGGCAAUGGAAGGGCACCCAACGCAGGGAACUUUUGAUUAUGAGAUUCUUAGGAUUAAAGAAGGCGUCAUCAUGGGAAAAUAAAUGUAAGAAGCUAGAAAUGUUUUUCAUGAGAAACCACAGAAAUAUUGAAGACUGAGGAAUCAGAAGAGGGUAUUCUAUCGUUAAUUAAACAUUGAUUCGAAUUUCA